AUUGUUGACGAACUUUGACUUCAUACCCUAGGAUGAGACACAAGAUUCCUUGAAAAACAAUAAGGAAUGUUAGAGAAUCUUUGUUGAGAAUCUACGAUAAACAUCGCGUUUCAUCAACUACUAACCUAGACAUUUAGCAAAUAAAGGUUGGCAAUUUUUAGUAAAAUAGUCAAUUGGGAUAAACAUAUUUAUCCAACAAUCAAGUAUCAUUAUCCAGUAAUCUCAACUCUCAAAAUUGGUUGCCAGUUCGUCCAAACUCGAGAAACACGAAUUGAUAUAUGUUGUAUAGAUAAUAAGUUAAUGGAAAUAAUCUAAUGAAAUCCACCAAUAUUUUUCAAAUGAUAAGACAUUUUAAAUGCACUUGAAAAAUAUGUGUAUUGUAGAAACUCUUUAUCAAAUAUUAAUAUAUAAGUGAUAAAAUCUUUGAAAAUUACACAUUCAACGACCAUGUUAAGACCAAAAUCCUCGAUAAUGUGUGCGAGUGUCUUAGAUUGAGAUUCUAAGCCAACAUAUAAACAAUGACCACGGGUUGAACUUCAAAAAUUAACAAUUGAUACAUAUUCUAUAAUAUACUAAAUUUAAGUGUCUUGAUAAAAAAAAAAACUAACAACCAAAAUGGAAAUGAGUCGAGAUUAUAGAAUUUAAUCAUCACGAGGGCUACGGUCUGUGUCAAGUUUCAAUAUGGAUGAAUAAAUUGAUCCAACAAUGAAGUAUCUUUACUAAGAAUGUCUCACUAAAAAGUCCUAAUCUUUACAACAUUGGUCAAGAGUUCGUCCAAACUUGAGGAUCAUGAAUGUGUAUUGGAUUUCCAAAGGACCUAAAUUCUCAACCCCUUUCGGGGGCUAAAUACCUCUGAUCGCAACCAUAGGUGUCAAAGAAGAAUGAAAAGAAGCAAAAAAAAAAAAGAACACAACCUCCAAUACGAUGAACAGAAUAAAAAUAUAUCGAGCUAUGAUCCUUUCAUCCCUACCCUAUUAUUCUCCAUAAAGGGGGCGGCGGGAAAGGAUAAGAAAUAAAUAGCAUCAUCUUAUAAUUUUCCUCUUUAUAUAUUACAUAUCAAACGAUAAACAACCUCAAUGGUUGUCUGACGUUAUGGGGUAAAAGCGGGAUCUCUAUUCCGAGGGUGGGGGAUAGGCGAGUAGCACUUUUAAUAUGAGUAUUAGACGAGAUAAGAUAGGUCUGGAAAAGUAUCUGGAUAAUUUUGAGUCUACAAUAUAUAUAUAUACACACACACACACAUAUAUAUAUAUAUAUAUAUAUGGUUAUGUCUUCGGUGCACUCACAUUUUUGGGUGCAUUCAAUGCACUCGCUUCAUAUUUGUCAUUAUGAGCAUGCGAUUCAUGUCAAAACAAUGUUAAUGAUCACGUAUGAUACGAUGAAAAAGUAACCCCAUGAAUUAGCACAAAAAUUAUUCAAAAUUUACAUUAAUUUGAAGAAAUUAUGAUUUAUAGAUUUAGGGUUAGGGUUAGGGUUCAUGAUUUGGGGUUUAGGGCAAAAGUUCAAAAUUGAAGGUUUAGGGCUUAGGCCUUAGGGUAAUGCAUUGAUUAGUUGUGAUAUUAUAUUAUAUUGUCAUAUUACACUGAUCUUACCAAUUAAAAUAAAAAAUUGAUGUCUUAAGGCUACUUUCAGAGUUGGGUGCAUUCAAUGCACUCAUUUUUGUGAGUGCAUCGAAGUAGCUACCACAAAGUAUUUGCAUUCAAUGCAAAUAAGGUAUACUAUCUUUGCAUUUUACUCAAGAUACGAUAGAAGAUAGGUAUGACAAAGUAUUUGCAUAAAUUAGAGGUUAGAGAAUUAGGGAUAAGAGUUCACCUAUUAGAGGUUAGGGUAUAGUAUCAUGCCCCAAAAAACUCUGAAGUCUAAAUAGUAAAACUCAAUGGUCGUAUGGUAGUGUGUGUGUGGUUCAGGUUGGCGUAUGCUAAAUAUUAGUGUUUUGGUUGACAAAUUUUGACAUAAGUUAUAAAUGGGACGUGACAGCGACAUAAUUUAUGAUUAGAAAAUCGAAGCAUCAGAAGUGAGUGUGCUAAAUAUUGGAAAUUUUCAAUAUAGACAUACUACAAACUCUUUUAUGAAUCAAGAACACAAAAUAUUUAGAAGAUCCAAAAUGAUUUAAACAUAUAAAUAAAUUAAUUAAUAUAAAUUAUAAAAUAAAUCUCUCCAGCCAACGGGCCGGGUAAAAAGCUAGUUUUGUUGACACAAGUGUUGUGUGAAUGAUGUGUUAUCCUCUCAAUUGGAUUGAUAUGUGUAAUUGAAUGUGUUCAUAAAUCAUAGAAGAAUCUUAAUUGGCCUUCCACCCAAAAAUCCACCUCUCCAAGUCUAAUGUAAGAAUGAUAAUUAAAUGCAAAGCUUUCAUAGCUCAGUUGGUUAGAGCACCCGUUUAGUAAGCGGGAGGUCUUGAGUUCAACUCUCAAUGAAAGCAUAUUUAUUUAUAUCUAAUGACAACUAUUUAAUCCUUUUUCAUAUAUCUAAUGACACCUAUUUAAUCAUUUUUCACAUAUAAACGACCCUCAAAAUCGUAUAUUAUUUAUCAUGGGUUCAAACCCUCAAAAUCGUUUAUUAGCUAUUAUUUAAUCCUUUUUCAUAUAUCUAAUGACACCUAUUUAAUCAUUUUUCACAUAAAAACGACCCUCAAAAUCGUAUAUUAUUUAUCAUGGGUUCAAACCCUCAAAAUCGUUUAUUAGCUAUCAUUGGUUCAAAUUGAGACGUAUGUCUAUUUGGAUAGGAUAGGAUCCAUUUGGAUGACAAUGAGUUAAUUGAAUGGUUGGUCACUCACAUUACAAAAAAGUUCAUGUUUGGUUACUCGAAAUAUUUAAAUUCGUUCAUGGUCACUACAAUUAUUUGGAUAGGAUAGGAUCCAUUUGGAUGACAAUGAGUUAAUUGCAUGGUUGGUCACUCACAUUACAAAAAAGUUCAUGUUUGGUUACUCGAAAUAUUUAAAUUCAUUCAUGGUCACUACAAUUAGUAAAACAAUCCAAAUUUAAUCACUCUCUGUUAGUCUCCAUUAACGGCGUCAGUUUUCUGCUGACGUGGUUAACAGACAUGUAUGGUCAUGCAAUUUAACCUGCCACAUCAUAUGACCCGACCCGCCACGUCAUACUACUAUAUAACCUAACCCAACCCAGUUCAACAACCAAACCGACCCUCUCUUCUUUACGUUUAAGGAAACUUAACCUAAGUCUUUUUUUUUAUCAAAAGCAUUAUCCUAAAUCUUGCCUUCACUUUGACAUCACAAGUCCAACAAAAUGCAGGUCUAUAGGGGGCUUGAUGACUCGAUAUUUGUACAUGUUUUCCCCUUUGUUUCUUGAUCGUUUAAGCUUUAAUUAUCGUGUCUUUGCCUUAUUUUACGCUAGGUUGUGUUCCUUUGUCACAUUUCAGGUCCUAGCACAUAAAGUGAAGCAUAGGCGCAAAUUUCAAGUCAAUCAGAGAUCAAUUGGCGAUUAGGGAGAAGAAACUCGGGCAUGACCUGAAGAAAGAGUGGAUUUCUACCUCAAUUUAUGGACAAAGAAUCAUGCAAGCUUAUCACGAAAAGAAACAGGACAAGACUACGAGCGUCUGGGAUCAAACGACGACUGAUUCGGAGUCCGGAUGAGGGAGAAACGAAGCAUUGAAUAUAGGGGAACAUGUUCGGUAGUAAAAACACGGGCAGGCCAAAAGAAAAACACGACCGUGUCCAUAUUUAGGCACGACCGUGUUUGGUCGACGAGGGCUGCUGGGGGCAAAACACGGGCGGGCAAAAGUAAAACACGGCCGUGUCCUCGACCGUGUUUUGCCCAGAAUCGGGUUUUUUAGGCAGAUUGAAGCCAAAGGAAAGAGAGAGUUGGGUUUUGGAUCCCAAACACCCAAGGGACGAACCAAAGAGAGGGAACGAUUUGAGGGCAUUCUUGGAGUGGAACUGGAGGGUUUCUUCACUUUGAAAGCUCGAGGAACAAGCGCGGACUUGAAGACUGGUCAUCUGAAGAUUCUUACUGCAGCCUCUCUCUUCUCUAUGGAGUAACUUCCCUUCACUUAGGUUUUGAGGAACCCUAGCCAUGUUUGUUUGAUUGGAUGAUUGUAUGAGUACUCCUACUUGAUAAUCUUGAGUUCAUAUUCAAUCUAUGCAUGUUUUCAUGAUUCAAUUCUGCUUUAGUCGAGAUUAUUGAUUCUGCUUUGAUCCUAUGAGAGUGAAUAUCUGAUUAGGUCAAUAGAGCACCAUAGAUUGAUAGUAGUGGAUCGAUUGCUUUAGUCGAGGGUUGGUUCACUGCUUUGUAUCGAUUGAGAACCUCUUUCGAUAGAGGGAAUCUAGUUUAGAACGCCUUGAUCGGUUGUUCUAGAGAAGGAUACGUCCCUCUAGGAAAUUGACUCAAGAGGACCUUGUUCCAUUAGUCGAGACUCAAGGUCUAGUCAAGGAUUCUCCGCAUUGUGAAUGAAAGUGAAAUAAGUUAGAAAUCAUCAAUCCUUAAUCUGGCUAGUGGCUAGGGGGAAUCAUACCUAAGUGAGUUCUCAACCUGUAAUUAGAUUAACUUUAACUGUAGUUUGCUAGAGUAGUUUUAGUUGUUCUAUCUUAAUCUGGUUUGCUAGAUAAUGAACUGAAACUGAGUAAUAGUAACUCUAGAGACCCGUGGAUUCGAUAUUUAUUACUUGAGCCACUAUACUGUAGUCCCUUCUAUUGGUUGCACUUGGCCAUUGUUAGGAGUUGUGUCAUAGCGAGUCAAGUUUUUGGCGUCGUUGCCGGGGAACUUCUAGAUUAUUAGGAAAGGCAGAAGUUUGUUACUUUAGCGUUUUUCUUUUCUUUUCCACCCUUACUUUUCACUUGGGUGUUUUUGUUUCUGUUGGUGCAGAUCUAAAUCAUGGAUCCUCAUGGCUUCUCCAACCAUUGGGGGUUUCCACCACCAUCCGAGUGGUAUUACCCCGAGACUCCCUGGAGCAAUCAAGGAGGAGAAGACUAUGGAUUCGGGUUCUAGUACCAACCCCCUUACUAAGGAGAGCAAACAGACCCCUGGGUAUAUCAAGAACAACCUCAUUACCAAGAAGAAUUUCUCCCACAACUAGAAGAGCCAUCGGCGCUAGAGUUACCCAUGGCGACCUUCAUGGGCCAUUCUGCAGAGCCAUGCUACACUCCACAGCCAGAUCCAAACUAUGAAUUGAGGCUUCUCGUGGAGCAGUUUGCUCGGGACACCGAGAGACGCAAUCGCAAGAUGGACCUCCUUUUCUCAUCUUUUGCUCCUCCUAACUCUUCAUCCCUCCGUGAAUCGGAGGAGACUGUUUCGCACUCAUCAAAGCAACCGGAGCGGGUUGAGCAAGUUUUUGCACAACUUGCUCAAGAUCACCCGUCUGCUACCAUACUAGAAGAAGAGGAGGAAGAAGAAGGCUACAAGGACAUUGUGGAGCACACUGAAGUUGUCACGGAGAGCUCCCAUGAUGAUCAUGAUCAGGAAUAUCCUGUCGUAGCCGACCACACCUUCCCACAUCGCAAACUGAGCUUUGAAGAGGCGGGCAUGAGUGAGGAGAUGCAAGAAGAUCUCAUGAAAGAAAUUGCUUGGCAACUUGCUCUCCAAUCCGUGCUAGAAGAAGAAGAGCAAGAAAGGGUGCAGAAAGAAGUUGUGGAGGAUGACGAAAGUGAAGCAGGAGGAGUUCUUGAUCAUUUCCCAGGGGUGAUACCGCAUGAAGAAGAAAGGGAGGUUGACGAAGCAAUUGGCGUCCAGGCUGAGGAUGGAGUUAAGGUGGAAGAGGCCUGCACCGGCCAUGAGUUACAUGUGAUAUCUCCACCAAACUUCGAGGAACUACUUAGCAAGGACCCAUUUGCAGUGUCUCUUUGCCAGACCAAGGCCACGUCGACAUCGGUCUCUCUUGGUGGACGCGAUGGUGGUCAAUCGAUGCUGUCAUAUCUAGUUUGGGGCAAUGAGACGAGAGAAGAGAAGAAGAGGUCUCGAGGGUGGAGACGUUAUCUGCAUCAAGUGCACGAGCUUUCAUCACCUGUCAUACCACAUGCUCGUGACUUGAGACUCCACCUCAUCGACGAGAACCUCAACUUCAAGGAGGUUUUGGGAUGGACCGAAACUUAGGAGCCAUCGUCCGGCUCACGCCGUGAUAGAAGCGCUUGUUGGGAGGCAACCCAACCAGUCGGUUUGCAUUUCUUUCUCUUUUUCUCCUCGGUUGAGUCAGUUUUGUUAUUUGAUUUUAGAGUCAAUAACUCAACCUUUGUGAUAUUUUGUGUGGUGUUUGUGUUCCGACUACUCUCUCCUCCUGGAAUGCACCGCCUGCCUCGCCCACCAUCAUUCACCCUUGAUUUGGUAACUUUGUUCUACCCUCCUUAUAUUUCCUCCAUUGAGGACAAUGUCGUGCUUAAGUGUGGGGGGAUGUUCGAUUAUGUAUGCGGGUGAAUGUUUGGCUGUUUGUGUGCUUGGAGCCUAGUCCACUGUCCAAAUUUUUAAAUUUGAGGGCUCCAAGUACGUGUUUCCUUGCAAAUUGCCUGCUCAGUAUGCUUUGAAUUGACAGUCUCUAUAGUAAUGUGCAACCUAGGGAGGUAGUGUAGCACUAUGGAGGAUGUUGAAGUAUAAGAUUUUUCCUAUCUAGAUCUCUGUUGUGCCAGUUGAUUUUGUGAAUUUGUGGAGCUAAGACCGUUGAAUUCAUGUGGUAAUGGUGACUCUGUUUGGAUUGUGUUAUGGACUCAUGUAUCGAACAGGGUACUCAUGUGAAAAAUGAAAAGCAGUUGGUCCUCCAUGUCGAAAUCAUUAAAUCUUAAACAUGGGGUAAGCCCAACGUGUGUGACACCUUCAUUGCACACAAUCGGGGUUUGGAAGAGAUUUUAGUGAUCCUUAGUGGGGUACUCCUACAAGGUGAAGCUAAGUUGUAUUUAGUACAAGUAAAACUUCCACCCGUUGAACGGUUUGCCUACUUGAGGAUGUGUUUUUAAGGGCACGGAUAGAGCUUCCGACCCCCCUUAAUUUCAUUGACCCUCCACACGAGUUGAGGAAAAGGAGUUAAAAGAAGUACUCUGGCGAGCGCCAGAUGUACAGAAAUUGCUCUUGCUCGACUAAUAAGGGUCGACCGUGCAAAAGACUGCAGUUGGAACCCCCGCCAAGUGAAUGAAAAAGAAAAAAAAAGUAAAAUGAAAGUGAAAAAGGGGUUCCAACGGUGAAAUGAAGUGAAAGAGCACCCCGGUACAACGAGUCCUUGGUUUUGAAUGGUGUGAGUUCCUUUAUCCAUGAACUGACUGUCUUACUUCUACUUCUUCUCAUGAUCCUGGCUUGAGUCUAGUACUCGCAUUGAGAGAUAUAGGGAACGUCUUAGAAGACCAGUUGACCUCGUAAGCUGCUAUAUGAUCUAGGAAAUCCUCUACCGACGAUCGGGGUUGUAUGUUGCUAUAGAGGUCUGGAGAGAUGCAUUGGUUUGAGUUAGGUUUGCUUGGGGACAAGCAAACGGUUAAGUGUGGUGGGAUUUGAUGACUCGAUAUUUGCACAUGUUUACCCCUUUGUUUCUUGAUUGUUUGAGCUUUAAUUAUCGCGUCUUUGGCCUAUUUUACGCUAGGUUGUGUUCCUUUGUCACCUUUCAGGUCCUAUCACAUAAAGUGAAGCAUAGGCGCAAGUUUCAAGUCAAUUAGAGAUCAAUUGGCGAUUAGGGAGAAGAAAAUAAGGCAUGACCAGAAGAAGAAUGGAUUUCUACCUCACUUUAUGAACAACGAAUCAUGCAAUCUUAUCAUGAAAAGAAAGAGGACGAGACUAUGAGCGUCUGGGAUCAAACGGCGACUGAUUCGGAGUCCGGACGAGGGAGAAACAAAGCAUUGAAUAUAGGGGAACAUGUUCG